UGGCCUGGUGUCGCGCGAUUGUACAUGCCUCGCCAACUCAGUCGAUCAACGAGAUUAGGUGAUAAGGUCCUAUCUAGAGGGUAGACGCGACAGGGGGUAUGAUGGCUGACGAGCCCCUCCCCAAGCGAGCUCGGCAAGCCUGCGAUAAUUGCCGGAGGAAGAAGACUCGCUGUCCCGGCGAGAAGCCCGCUUGUUCAUUCUGCAUUCGUCUGGGCCAGCCCUGCGAAUACGCGACUGGAGCGCCGCCCAUGAAAAAGCUCGCACGACAUGCUGACACGAGUUCAUUAUCAUCGCGCCAGCCGGAGACGGACCUAGCACAUCGCGUCGCCUUUCUGGAGACGCAGCUAGGCAUUGCCACGCAGAAUGCUCUCUCACCAACUCUGGGGUAUAGCAGUGGCAGUAGUGAGUCGUUGCUGAAUGAAAUGAGCACGCAAGCUUCGAAUAUGCGACGGGGUUUCUCGUACUCCAUGCCAACAGAUACACAGUCUUCAUCAAGAGCGCAAGUGCAACUGUCACCAGAAAGCAAAUUCAACUCGGGGCCACCCAUGUCUGUACUUGAGUCUCUAACAGACGUGUACUUUACCUAUUGCCACAACCAGCCAUACUGCUAUUUCAUCGAGUCAAAGUUCCGAGAGCGUCUCCAAGAGGGGGCUCUCCCUAGAUACGUUUUGUUGGCUUUCGCCGCAACCGCAGUAAGAUACUCCUCCCAUCCAUAUUUCGAGGGACAGACCCGCGAAGCCAUGGAAACAUAUGCACGGGGAGCUUGGAAUAUCAUACUUCACCAGGUUUUCUCCUCUGAGCAAGGGCUGGAUAUAUACGUGGUGCAGGCGACUAAUUUACUGGCAAUUGUUGAUUUUACUGGCGGGCAGCACCGCCUCGGCUGGGUCAAGAUCGGCCUUGCUGUGCGAUUCGCACAAGGAAUGCGGCUGAAUGCAGAGCCCGACCAGAUGAUGCCGCCUUGGCAGCAAGAAGAAUACCGCAGAGUAUUCUGGUCAGUCUACCUACUCGACCGCUUUGUUUCCUGUAGUCAUGGGCGCGCCCCAACCAUUCUCGAUCGGGAUUGCACUGUGCGACUGCCCUGCAGCGACGAGCAAUUCCUCUCGCAACCCUCAGAACAGACCCCGACGAUAUCUGUACUCAAAGAUCUCCCCGAUAUGGGGAGAUGCAUGAAUCUCGGCGACUUCUCGCUAAUGAUCAUGAUGUCUUCGGUCCUUGCGCGCGUGGUGCGGUAUAGCCUGCAACAGAACGCGAGCAACUCAUUCCCACCAUGGGACUUUCGCAGUGACUUUGCCGAAAUAAAAUUCAUUCUGUAUAGCUUCGAGGGUCUCCUCGGGACGGGAAAUGAUGUCCUGACGGAAACCCUCCACAGCCGAUUUCACAAUGGAUCGCGAUACGAUACACAAAAAGUCGCGCAUUACAUAUGGUGUCGAGCAUUGUAUUAUCUCUGCGACUGCCUACUGCACCACCCAUUUACACUCUACAACGACUUCAAACAUUAUCGGAAAACGGUCCCCCCUAGCUUUGCGCGACAUGCGCUUGAGAGCUGUCUAGACGAUGCCGAGCAGCUCACUAUCAUUCUGAACACAGUCCGAAUAACGCAGUGUUGUGCGCGCGCAAGUUUUCUGGGGUACUUUGCUGUAGUAGCUAGUUCUAUACAUCGGUUAUACGAGUUUUCGACAGACGAGGCGAUUAAAGCUCGGUCUCUGCGGUCUUUUUCUAGUUGUCUUCAGUUUCUUGACGAAUUGCCUCAGUAUUGGAGCAUGCACACGAGAAUGGCCAUGGAUCUCCGAGAAUUCGACGUCGGCGAAUCUGUCGCCAAAAACCUCAUCAAGCCAUCAUCGGCCGACGAUGACAUCGAGUCCGAUGAUCUGGACGCGCUGUGGCGGAUAGUAGACUAUGGCUGGCUGACCGACGCAAACCGUACUGAUUCCCCAUUCCGACGAACGCCGUCGCAGUUGAGUGGGAUUUUCCACUGGGAUUUGAUUGAAGAUCUGAUGUGCAGCCAUUUCAGCAUGCCAUUGGGGCAAAGUAGCUAUAGGGAAGGUGACGAUUAUAUGCACUACGGGACUAGACCAGACUCGUAUUUGGUUUGAAUGAGCGCGAAAAGAGAUUUUCGUGUUGUAUUAUAUACAUCAAUUUUUAUGACUACCAUUUAG